AUCCACAACAGGAAACGGGGGAAGCGUCCUUGGAGAUGUUGUUAGUGUUGUAACUUUCGCAUUUUUCUCGCCUCUGCGUACACAAUAUGUCUGUGUCAAACAACUGACAGCUAAUCUAUACUGCCAGAGAGGCUAAUGAGAAAACGUAAAGUUUGGAAGUCAUCCGGGUUUGGCAUUUACCCUGCGUCUCUGCAGUAACCAUGACUGCAGCUGCUCUCAUAGGAGACCAGCUGAUCCUUGAAGAGGACUACGAUGAGACAUAUAUACCCUCUGAACAAGAGAUCCAAGAGUACGCGAGAGAGAUUGGCAUUGAUCCCGACAGUGAGCCGGAGCUCCUGUGGCUGGCCAGGGAAGGCAUCGUUGCCCCUCUGCCUCCCGAGUGGAAGCCUUGUCAGGAUGUAACGGGGGACAUCUACUAUUUCAACUUCUCCUCGGGCCAGUCAACCUGGGAUCACCCCUGCGACGAGCACUACCGCAGCCUGGUGGCCCAGGAACGUGAGCGCGCCCAGCUCACUGCUGCUGCAGGAGGCACAGGGGCAAAGAAGGACAAAGACAAGAAGAAGAAGAAAGAAAAGAAGGAGAAGAAAGAGAAGAAGAAAAAAGAGCCACUCAAGACUCCUGGAGCACUGAGUUCAGCCUUGGGACCACUAGCAUCCCCGCUGGGCAGCCUGGCUCCUCUGAGAGGUCUAGAUGCCCCAGGCCCCGGCCCACUCCCUGGUUCUGCUCCCGCUCUCCGGCGUUCCCUUGGCAGCUCUGGGGGACUGGAGCCCCUAAAAACCCCCCUUGGGGGCCCUCGGAGCAGUGGAGCAUCUAGUGUUUUGGGCAGUAGGCAGGAGGAGAGGGUGUCUCUCUCUCUGCCUGGCUUUGAUGAUGAUGAUGGUGACAAUGAGAAAAUCUCAGAAAACGAGCCGAGUCCCCGUUGUUCAGAUCGAUUAUUGAAGAACCUUCAUCUGGACCUGGAUGCCCUUGGAGGAGGCUUACAGUAUGAGGACAGUGAAGCCAGUGGUGGAGCUCCAGCUGAGGAGAGGACAGAGCCAGAGUUGCAGGACUUGGCCCUGUCUGGAGACCACAGCCCUGAACCACCAUCCCAACAGGACUCUUUGAGGGGCCGCCACUUCCACCUGUCCUCGCUGGUGGGCAGCAGAAAGCAUGUCAGUGUGAAGAGCGCCAGUCCCAUCAGCCCUGAACCUGAAGAGGAGGUAGCAGAGGAGUUAAAUGAGGUGGUAGAGGAGGAGCAGGGGGGAGUGUUGGAACACAAGGAUGUUCAGAGAGAGAAGGGAGAGGAUGAAGGAGGAGUGGAAGCAGAAGAGGAAGGGACGGAGGAGAAGGGUGAGGGAGAGAAGGGAGGGGAUGAAGGAGGAGUGGAAGCAGAAGAGGUAAGGACGGAGGAGAAGGGUGAGGUGGGAAAUGAGCAGGAUGGAGGAGAGCUGGAAGAAGAGGAUCUUCAGGGAGAGAAGGGAGGGGAUGAAGGAGGAGAGGAAGCAGAAGAGGGAAGGACGGAGGAGAAGGGUGAGGUGGGAAAUGAGCAGGAUGGAGGAGAGCUGGAAGAAGAGGAUCUUCAGGGAGAGAAGGGAGGGGAUGAAGGAGGAGAGGAAGCAGAAGAGGGAGUGAUGGAGGAGAACGCAGAGAUGGGAAAUGAGCAGGAAGAGGGAGAGGCACAGGGGGGUGAGAUGGAGGAAGAGCAGGGAGGAAUUAAAGGGUUGAUAGAAAGCAAGAAAGAAGAGGAGGAGGUAGAGAGCGACGAGGUAGAGGAGGAAUGCUGUACAGGUGAUGAUGAAGAGAAAGAUGAAGGGGGUGGUGGAGUGUCAGAAAACAUGGAACAUGUUGAGAAGCAGGAGAGCACUGAAAGAGAGGAAAAUGGCAGUGAUGAGGAAGUAGAAAGCAGCCAGCAGGAUGAGACCAAAGACAGAGAAGAGAAAGUGGAGAGUGAUGAGGCUGCGGAGAGUUUAAUGGAGGAGAAAGAAGAGGUGAACGAGAAGGCGCAAGUAGAAGAGGGGAAACAGGACUUUGAGGAAGGUAGCGAGGAAGUUGUGGAGAAAUGCUUCCAAAGUGAUCAAGAUGAAGGGAGCGAGGAGGAAGACAAAAAUGACAAAGAAAGAGAUGAGCUUGAGAGAAGCAUAGACGACGAUGAAGAAGAAGAAGAGCAGAAUGAGAGUGACGAAGAGGAGGUAGAGAUAAAUAUCGAAAGAGAGCAAGAGAAGGAACAAGCAGAGGAGGAGGAGGAGGAAGAGGAGGGUGAGAGCGAGGAGGCUUUGGAGAGAUGCUCCCUGAGCCAAAGGAGACUGACAGAGAGUGAUGAGGAAGUGUUAGAGAGAUGUGUACAGAGCGAAGGAGGAGAAACGGAGGAAUCAGAUGCCCAGAACCCCCGAACUGCAUCAGACAGUGAGGAGGAACUCGUCGAGGUUUUUGAGACUGGGGCCAAGCUAGGCAAGAGGACGAUGCUGCGUGACCUUAAAAUGCUUGACCAAAAGAGAAACACUCUUGAAAAGAGGAAGAAUGUGACAAAAAAUGUCCCCUUCCUGCAGAGUUUUACAGUAUGGCUGCCAGCUCUCCGGCCUUGGUUGUGUUUGCAUGCACGCUCUGCUUUUGCCCUCAGCAUGCUUCGAUGUUUAGUGUUGCUUGUGCAAUUUUGUUUGUUAACCCAUGAAGACUGUUUGACCGAGUGUGUGUGUGUGUGUGUGUUAUUGCAGGAGUCGGAGGGCAGUAAGAACAUUGAGGAGAGUUCUUCCUCCAUAGAUGUCAAGCUGUCGGAGAAGGUUCUGGACGUCAACGACCUUUCCGGCACUGUCAGCCCACUAAAGAAAGAUGACAAAGAGGGAACAAAAGAAGAAGAGGAGAAUGAGGACGGGGCAAAGACAAAGAAGGCAGAGGCUGCCAAGAGACAUUUGCAGGCUGCUGGCAAAGACAAACCUCCAGCUCCGAAAGUUGACCGACUCGUCCUUCACCAGUCCAGCCCUUCUCCCUCCCUCUCCAGCCCGUCCCACUCAGAGCAAGGUGCCAGACUCCAACUAAAAACCGAAGAUCUCGGCAUGUUGCUGGGGCUACAGAGGCCAGAAACCUCCAGAGGCCGGCUGGUCCGCACUGCCAACACCCAUCUCGAAGAUGCUGAAUCCCCUUUAAAAAACCAAGAGAGCUCUCUGGAAGAUGAGCCAAGCUGGAGAAUCCGAAAAGACGGAGAGAAGAAAGAGAGUGAGAGAGAAGAGCGGGAAGAGAGGAAGAGGGCAGAGAGAGAAGAACGGAGUCUGAGAGAGAGGAAGGAGGAGAUGGAAAUGGAGAGGAGGAAGGCUGAUCGAGAGGUGGAGGAGGAGAGGGAGCGUCUGGUGAAGGAGAAGGAGAAGAGAAUGCGUCUCCUGCGGGAGGAGCUGAGGAGAGAAGAGGAGGAGGAGGAGAGGAAGCUGAAGGAGGAGAGCGAGGAAAGACUGAGGGCUCUGCGGCAGCGUCUCCACGAAAGGAGAGAGGAAGAGGCCAGGCUGAACGAGGAGUCUGAUAGGACGCUGGAGGAACUCAAAGAGUCUGCCCAGGGGGAGAGGGAGAGGAAGCAAAACAAACUCAGGGAGGAGAGUGAAAUCAUGCUGAAGGAGUUACGCAUCACUCUCGAGGAAGAACGAGUAGCGGAGCGCGACAGACUGGAGGCCCAGAAGAGGCAGGACAUCGAACGUGUGAAAGCCGAGUUGGAAGAGGAGCUGCAAGCCGAGAAGAGGAGACUCCACGGAGAGAGGGAGGAGAAGCUGAAUUCUCUGAAACAGGAGGCCAAAGUCACAGAGAGGAGGAAGGAGCUCAUAAGUCCACGACCUGAACACCAACUGGCAGAGUACCACCGAGAGCUGGCUGAUGUUCUUCAGGAAGUGCGGGAGGAAGUGCAGCGCGAUCACGAGAGGAAGCUGGACCAGCUGAAGGAGGACCACAGGAGGGAGAUGAACAACAUCAGAGAGAAAUACCUGGACGAGGAGACUGCACAGAGGGAGCGCUUGCUUUCUACUCUGCAGGAGGACAGAGAGCGUCUCCAGGCCUCGCAUGCCGUCCAACUGGAGAAACUCCGCUUUCAGCUCGACACACAGAUACAAAAGACACAGCUGACACACUCCCGCAAGGAGUCAGAACUGCAGGAUCUCGCAGAUCAGAUAGAGCUGAGAGCCAAAGAGCUGAAGAGCCAGGAGGCCAUACUCCAGACCAAGGCAGCAGAUCUGAAGAGGAGGAGGAAGAAACUUGGGGAGGAAGAGGACGAAGUGGACAGACAGUUAGAGGUUUUACCCCGGCUGAUCCAGGAGAGGGAUCAGCUAAAGGAGGAGUUGGAGAGGAUGAGAGAGGAGAAGCAUCAAGCCAGAGAACUAAUCCAGAGAGCGAGGGAGGAGAGGAGUGAGGCCAAGGAGGAGGGGGAAAGGCUGAGAGAGGAGAGAGACGAAGCCAGGGAAGAGAGCAGGAGAGCCAAGGAGGGCAAGGAACGACUGGAGAGCAAGGUGGCGCUGCUGCAGGAGAGAUGCGACCGUCUCAGUUGCAGAAUCAGUGAGCUGGAACAAGGCGAAGAAGUGAGUGCCUCCCCCAGACCAGAAACUAAACAGGAGAAAAAGAGGACAGUGAAAGCAGAGGUGACGGCCCCCUCCAGUGACAGGAAAGACUUACCGCUACAUGUAGAAGACCUGGAUGACCCCCCACUCUCCCCUGUACCUGACAGCCACAGCAGCAUGGAUGAGUUCCGACGCUACAUCUCCUCACAUGGCGCAUCCAUCCAAAAAACCAAAGUCUUUCUGGAGAAGGAGAGCAGUCGGCUGAUGGAGAGGCAGGCAGCUCUGUGGGCGGCUCAGACAAGCUCCUCCCAGGUCCCCAGCCUUGAAGGAGGGGUGACCGAGGAGAUGAUCAGAAACAUCCAGGAGGAGGCCAGAAAUGUGGUGGAGCUGCAGCGGGCGGUUCAGAGAGGAAACACUCUCCUGCGGAGGAAAGAGGAGCAGCUGCAGCAGCUAGAGAGCUCUAUAGCUGAAGAGCCGCUGUUUGAGGAUCUGUCCCGGCUGGCAAGAGAAAGGAAGGUGACCUUUGAUGUGACUGAGUCUGACCUCAGCAGCACUGCGGAGCCACCAGAUGGGACAGGGGGUCAUCCCACUGUCCCAGACAAAGUCCAGGAGCUAGCAGAGUCCCUGCAGCAGAUCUCAGGCCAGCUUAACACCGUCCUGAGUGCGUUGGGUUCACUGGCCCAGAGGCAGAGCACCGAAGCCUAUGCAGCCUUCAAUCUGCCUCACUCCAGCCAAGCUCCCACCUCCGCCACCUCCACCUCUGCCCCAGUCAUGCCCCAGAUGCACACCCUGGGUCCCAGCUCCUCAGCCCCACCUCCCCCAGUGAGGCUCUCAGAGCCAUCCUGGAACUGGGCACCCCAAGGCACCUCCGCAGCCACUCCUUUCUUCAGUACCCCAUCAGCAAUGGGUGAGGCCUCUGAGGACCUCAUCAACAGCCGAUGGAGCCAGAUAUUCCCCAGAGCAGCUAUGGACCCAAUCGCCACCAGCACCAUGAGGACAAGCUCAGCUUACUCAUCAUACAGUACUGCUAGUGAACAUGGUCGCAGCCUGCGGUCCAUGCAGAAGUCAGUGGAGGUAGACGGCCAGAGGCUGCAGGGGCUGAUCGACGGCAACAAGAGGUGGCUGGAGAUGCGCAAGAAAGACACCAGCAUACCUCUGUUCACUCGCUACCAGGCUCCUCCAACAAAGAGCAACCUGGUCCAGCUGGGCCUGGACGAUAACAACCAGAUCAGAGUCUAUCAUUACUGAGGACAUGACGCACAGUUCAGUCUUGCUGUAUCGUGACUGAGUCAGAGGACUUUGCAUUAUUAAUGACCGUGUUGUGACGUUUACACACAGGGCCUCAUGUGAGAGUCCUGCGCCCUUCUUUGAUUCAUACUUUUUUCAAGCCUUCAGUGCAAAGGUUUUCAGGGAAAGUCCGACCUCCUCUGCUGUGAUUGGAGGAAGAGAUGACUGCACAGGACAUGGCAGUUCAGGGUUCAUUGAGGCCUGAGGACUUUCCUCCUCCAACAUAAGAUAUAACUGUGAGCAACAGGAGACUUAUUUCAAGCACUUCAAGGUCAAGUUUACAGACUAGAGCUCUGUGCCAGACUUGGGCCACACUGUUUUUUUUAAAUGGUCAAGUUUACUUGGAUGGGAAAGGGCUGCUUCAUACAGAUAAUCACAGAGAAGUAUCCAAAGGUUUAAAUAUUGUAAUUACUUUUUUUCUUUUACUGAAAACUUCCCAGACAUGUGACUUGAAUCCAUUUGCUGCUGCAGGCAGGGCGUAACACGGUGCUUUACAGCUGCACAUAGGUCAAGCUUUAUUUCAUGACAGGUUACAUGUGUAUUUAUGCCACUGGCUGUGUAAGUGACUUGUGUGUGAACUGUGUUUUUACAUAAUUCAGUUUGGUUUUGCUUUGAGUGAGUAGAGUGAGAAUCACUGAUUUUGUAAAAGUGAAGUCAAUCCACUUAUUUUACAUCACUUUUCCUUAUUCCACAGCAGUUGGCAGCGAGCUGUUGAUUAGUGUGUGAACUUUUAACAUGUGCAAGCAAAGAGGAAUAAAAGUGUGCGUAGGGUUUGUAAAUAAACACUGUAUUUUUCUAUAAAAUAUUUUAAUAAAUAUAAUUUUAUAAAUAUUCAUGUUA